GAAAACAAGUGGAAAACCCGACUCGUUUGCCUCAAAUAGCUCGCGCCUCCUAUUUCAUCACGAACUUGAUAAUGGCUCGAAUGGCGCCGGUACCGACAACUGAGGAGACCUGUGAUAUACGCUAAUGGACCGGUCCGUUACUGCAGAUGUUUCAGCCGAGAGCUUAUUUUAUCUCGCCAUAUAAGCGAGAUAUAGCUCGCUUCAGGCGAGAGCUUCUUCUGUUUCACUAUAAGAAGAUAUAUAUCUUGUGCGAGAUAUAACAUCUGUGCUGGCAGCAUGUCCUCUGAAGUGUAAAUUUAAUCAGCCAUGGGUCUUAGGGCCACUUUUUUUGCUGGCUUCUAGAAUAAGCUGCACCCUACCUAUCUUAUUCUAAAAGCUUAACCAAAUUUAUUUAUUUUAAAGCCUACUAAUUAAGACUUAACUAGUACUAGGCUUAUAAAAAUAUCGGCUGGGCUUCUAGAAAAAUGCCACCAAAGGAACGGGCCCUUAACCGUCUUGCUUGCAGGUGGAGAUGACGCUAGAGGUGAGCAGGCCCAGUUUAUUUGAAUCCGAAACCGCGUUGCCUCCUCCUACUCUCCUCCGUCUACAAUAAGGAGUACUCUCGUGCAGGGCUGCCUCCCGUCGCCGUCUGCAGCGCGCUUCGAAGCCUUCGCCGCCGUACUGCUCCGACCAUCCUUCUUUCCUUGAUCAAGGACUGACCCACGCACCGAUGGCCUUGAACGAUGGCCUCGCCAGGUUCUGGCUGCAGCAGGAGAGGAACCAGGCGGCUCUAUCCGCCCUCGCCGCAGCCAAAACCUCUUCUUCUUCAUCAUCCACCAGGCCGUCGUCGUCCCAGCAGCAACCCGGUGCAACUCCAUCUCCAAGGCCGGCCGCUAAACCAUCACCGCCAGUUCCUGCCGCCAGACUCUCCGACGAAACGGCGCAGCUAAAAGAGACGGACACCGCCAGGAAGUUGGCCGCCGGAACACGGAUCAGAUUCUCCGAUGACACAGCGCGGCUACAGAAGAUCAAUGAAGUGAGGAGGUCCGCCGCCGGAAAACAGAUCAGAGAUGUCAUCACACUGCUAGAGAGGACAAGGGAACCUCUCACGGCGCACCAGAUCAACGAAAAAACCUACGUCGACAUCGACGGCAACGGCGCCGUCGCCGAGAGCCUGAGGAACAACCUCAAGGUGCGCUUCGACGGGAAGCGCUACUCGUACAAGCGCACGCACCACGUCAAGGGCAAAGACGAGCUGCUCUCGCUGAUCAUAAGCUUCCCUGAGGGCCUCCCGGUGUCGGAGGUGCAAGACGCCUACCCAACCAUGCUGGAGGAUCUGCAGGCCCUGAAAUCUUCCGGUGACAUCUUUUUGUUGUCGGUUGAGAGAGACAUGAUUGCGUACCCCAACGACCCGAGGUCGAGGAUGGAGGUGGACGCCGAGCUCAAGAAGAUGUUCCACGACAUCAAACUGCCGGUAGACAUGCUGGACAUCGAGAAGGAGCUCCGCAAGAACGGCGAGAAGCCGGCCACCGACACAGCCAAGAGACACGCCGCUGAGCAGAUCCACGGCCGGCAACCAGAGCCGGAGAAGGCCAGGAAGAAGCCGCGCGGGAUCACCAGCAGGACCAAGCUCACUAACGCUCAUCUCCCGGGACUCUUCGACUUGCCUGUAGAUAAUAAGGACUCAAAAGAUUUCAACUGA